UUUUUGAGGUUAAGUUCUCUGUUUCUGUUUAUUUCCGUGCACUGUUAUCUUGCCUUUCCCGUCAAAUCUUUGGUUGUCCAACAGAAACCAGAAGACAUGUUGGAAGUUGCCGUAGGAAGUGAACUGAUUCUGGCGAAGUAGAUAAACUUAUUAUUUAUUUGAUUUACUCUUCAUUGCAUGACAUUCAAAAAUAAUGUUUUUACCGAAGUUUUUAUUGCUAGUCAGUGGGAUAGUAUUAUUGUCCUGUAAUUUUUGUACGUGCUCAGAGGCCUCACCAGUGCCUAAAGUUGCUAUUAUUGGAGGAGGGAUUGGUGGUACUGCCACUUCAUACUUCCUGACACAAUUAUUUGGUGCUGGAAAAGUUGAUAUAGAUAUCUAUGAGGCACGUCAAAUAGGUGGAAGACUUGCAACAGUGGAUGUUGCAGGACGCAACUAUGAAACUGGAGGUUCCAUAAUUCACCCUCGUAACAAAUAUAUGGUGUCGUUCGUUAAAACAUUUGGAUUAAAGCCCCGGGAAAAUGCCGAAGGAUCUCUGAUGGGACUUUGGGAUGGCUCAAAGUUUGUCUUUGAAGAAAGCUCCUGGCAUCCCGUUACAGUUUUGAAAAUGUUGUGGCGUUAUGGAUAUGGUAUAUUCAAAUUGAACAGCUACAUAGAUGAUAUGUUAACAAAGUUCGAAAGUAUUUACUCUCUUCAAAAUAAAGGGGAGGCAUUUUGGACUGUAGGUGAUAUGCUGAAAGCCAUGAACCCUCAAUUUGAAAGUGAUAGGCGAAUCAAAAGUGGAACAGGUUUCAAGAAACUUGGGUUUUCAGAGCUUUUGGUUGAUGAAAUAGUUGCUGCAACAAUACGAGUGAACUAUGGCCAAGAUUUACUGGUUCAUAAAUUUGUUGGCUCUGUUUCUGUAGCAGGAGCCACUGGGAAUUUAUGGUCAGUCGAUGGGGGUAAUUUUCGAGUUGCAGAAAAACUUUUAGAGGCUUCUGAGGCCCAGCUUGUGCGGGAUAGGGUUGUUAAGGUAUCUACAGCAAGCAAUGGCAAGCUUAUUGUUCGACGUCAGGGCACAUCUAUUGAUGGUGACAGAAGUGAAUUAUCUAGGGUCUAUGACAUUGUGGUUCUUGCCUCACCAUUGCAAACUAACUCAGACUCGAGUAUAGAUUUAUCAGAGUACCCAGACAAGGGUUGGGCUGGCCCUUACCACCACACUGUCAGUACUGUCCUUCAAGAAGAUUCAAGCCCUACAUCUCCUGCUUCCAUUAAAGUCUGGAAGUCAGAUUUGUACCGGCUGCAGCUAGAGGCACCGUCAGCAAAAUGUGUCCAUGCCGACGGCCCAGUACCAGGCCGUCCAUCGCAGUUUGGAGGAGAGUUUCACGGUGUCUUAUCUCAUCAAGAUGCUCUUCGUCUCCUUACAGAAAAUGGGGCUUAUCUUGUCCGACUGAGUGCAGGCAAUGAUGGCUUCCAUACUUUGUCUCUACGUUUUAAUAACAAAGUUAGUCAUUACAAAUUGUAUUAUGAUGGCCAGUUUUAUGUGCGUGCCAGUGACAAACGAUACGAUUCUGUUAAGGAGUUAGUUGCUGAUGGUCUUGUCACAUUGCACAUGGAGCAACAUGCAGCUCACUAUAUUGAAAGAAUGCACCAGCAUUCAUACGAACAAAGUCCAUACAUGACUCUCAAUAAGCUCAAAAGGCGUGCUCUGAAAAAGCAUUCUACUAGGAAGCAGCAGAUUGCAGCAGUAGACGGGCUCCCAGUUGGGGAAAGGAAAAGUGCUUUGAGUGAAGCAAUUGCUGUUUCAACUGAAGCAGAAGGAUUAGAUUUAAAAUCACACUCCUUUCGAGUGCAUACAUUUAAAGGUUUGAAUUGGUGUGAGUUAUGUGGAAACUUCUUGUGGGGAUUUACUGCUCAAGGAGUAAAGUGUGAAGAUUGUGGAUUUAGUGCUCACAAUCGUUGCUCAGAGAAAGUACCACCUGAUUGUCAGCCGGACUUUAAAAAUUUACGUGGGGUAUUUGGACUAGAUUUGGCAACUUUGGUCAAAGCUCACCGUAGUCAGCGUCCAUGGGUGUUAGAUAAGUGCAUUGCUGAGAUGGAGAAACGAGGGCUAACAUCAGAAGGGCUUUAUCGAGUAUCUGGCUUUCAGGAUGAAAUUGCCUCUUUAAAGCUUGCAUUGGAUAGAGAUGGAGAACAGGCUGAUAUAAGUCCUCAAGCAUAUGACAACAUCAAUGUGAUAGCAGGUACUUUGAAACUGUACCUUAGAUUGCUUCCAAUCCCAUUGAUAACUUUUGAAGCUCACCCUGCAUUGAUGAAAGCGGCCCAGGCUGAAUCUUUGCAACUGAAACUGAGAGGGAUCAAGGAUGCUCUGUCCCUUUUACCCGCACCUCAUUUUUACACAUUAAAGUACUUUGUUGAGCACUUACACAGGGUGGCCCAAUUGCAUGAGCUCAACAAGAUGACAUCUCACAACCUCAGCACUGUGUUGGCUCCCACCCUUAUGCCCACACCAGACCUUACAUUAUUUACUGGUAGUAUUCCUGCAAUGGUUGAUGAAAUAACCUCAUUGGAACACAUCAUAUCAUAUCAUGACAGUAUUUUUGACUGAGACUACCUAAAUUGGUAGUCAUAAACCGAUAUAUGAAAAUAUUGAGGUAUAGCAACUUAUGGUGGAAGCUGCACUCCAAAAAUUAUUCCAAGCUUAUAAUCUUUGACCUUUGGUCAUUAAGGAAUUAUUCUUAUUAAAGUAUUAGAAGUACAGUAUGUGAUUUAAUCAAUGUUACGUGUUGACAUCAUAAUUAUAUUUAUUCUUUGUUUUCAAUUACUAAGUUUUUUUUCAUUAACUACUGUAAAUUAUCAUUUUAGUCUGGAAAAUUAUUCAUAAACUUUUAUUUGACCCCUCUUUCUUAAGUGAAAGAGUGUUCAAGUCUGAAUUUGUGCUUUUGAGGGACACACAGAGAUUGUGUCAGAGCACACUACUGCAGCAAAAAUAGCAGAAACUUUUAGUAGGCCAGUAGAAUGUGCAGCAGGGUGUCCAAAGACUGCCAAGAAAUUUUUGUGAUAGUGAUUGUCCAAAGCUGAACCCCUCCUAUUCUGCAAAUUUGAACCAAUUCUGAACUGUCACAUCAAAGUCCAGCCUGAGUUGAGAGUUGGCUUGGAUAGUAACUUAGAUUCACUUUGUAGAAAAGUCAAAUUGUGAUUUUAUGGUUUUUCUUACAGAGGGAUGGAAAUGUGCUAGCUUCAUAUGAAACUCGUC